UCGGCCCAUUGAAGGAAGGUGAUGCGGGGAAGGCCAUUGGCUCGACGGUUGUUGGCUUCGGUUAACCACCAUUGAGCGGCGGCGCCUUGGAGGCGGGAGGUUGCGGUGGGGAGCCAAUGAGCGAGGGGCAUGUUGUGGAGAUCAAAGGCAUUUUGAAUUUGAGAGAGGAAAAGGAGGACGUCCUCGUGGGGGAGGCUGGAGAACGUCGCGAUAUCGGUGGCGUGGAAGGAGCGGGGAAUGUCCCCGUUGCGGGGGACGAUGCAAGCGAGGGUGUUGAAGUUGCGGUCGUCGGGAGAGGUGUCGUAGCAGAGGGGACGGUGGAAGUAGUUAAGAGAGGUUGGGUGAGGGGGGAGGAGAGGCGAAGGGGAGUGGUUCGUGUAGUGGUGGAAGCGCUUGUAGAAGGUUGUGAGGAGGGGAGGGAAAUGGGAAGGGAAGUGACGGGGGUGGAAGAAGGUGUGGUGGAGGACGGUGGGGGGGUGGUGUUGGAGGAUGGGGCCUGGCCGGCUUGGCCGGCGGAGAGGCUUUGGCCAGAUUGGCCGGAAGAAGAUGGUUGGCCGGUUUGGCCGGCGGGGGUGGAUUGGAUGGAUUGGCCGGCGGAGGAGGGGGGUGAUGACGUCAUGACGACGGUGAUGGCGGGUGUGUGGUUUUCGAGGGAGGUGACGCGAUCGGAUAUGGAGGUCAUGGAGGCCUCGAUUUUGCGGAGCGAGGCAGAGAGUGCUUGAAACAUGGAGAGGAAAGAUGUGUUCUCCGCGGUGCCUGGCUGGUCGACAAGCUCGCGGUGGAUAUUCUCGACGGAAUCCACGCG